AUGAGCUACUGUUCUCUGUCUCUACUCCUGGGUUCUCUGUUCAUCAUUGGGACUUCCUCUUAUCCUAAUGGUUCCUGUGAUGGCUACACGACUCUGGAUGAGCCUCGACGUAACUAUCUCUUCAGCUCUUCCUCUAUCCCCGGCUACCCCAUCAAUACCGACACACAGCGAACAAACAUAUGGGUGCGCUACGUCGGGAUCGGAGGGGACACCGUCAUUCCACAAUGUGCUCCACUCUAUUACAGCGGGGUAUAUUAUCCCAUCCAUCUGACCUUUACACAUCCUCAGUCUGAGUCUGAGACUCCAACAACGGGCAACGCGUGUGGAAACGCAGGUUCCUGCUGUAAUUACAAUGUAGCUAUUCAAGUGAUCUACUGCUCUUCUGGAGGAUUCUAUGUGUACAGGCAGAUGAACAGCCACCCAAUCGCCUACAUGGGUUAUGUGACAUAUAUCAAUGAGUGUGAGGAGACCGCUAAUCUCUGUGGUCCACAUUCCAACUGUACUAAUUCACCAGGAGUCUACAACUGUAGCUGUCUAGAGGGGUUUGUACCCUCAGACCCAGCCUUGGCACUCAACCCAACCCACAACCCCUGCACAGAUGUGAAUGAGUGCGUGGAGAUUGAGAAGGUUUGUGGUGGUUUUGGUAAAUGUACAAACACACCAGGAAAUUACACCUGCACCUGUUACAAUGGAUACAAGCCUGACGGACCCUUCGACUGCCAAGAUAUUGACGAGUGUUUCAACUCAACCAUCUGUGGUCAGGAGUCUGUCUGUACCAACACACCAGGAGCCCACAACUGUACCUGUCUCCUAGGCUUCUCACCCACAAACCCAGUCCUAGACCCCAGCAAGGCCAACCCCUGUAUAGACAUUGAUGAGUGUCUGAACAAAACCAUGUGUGGUCCCGAUGCCAACUGUACCAACUCUUAUGCAGCACACAGCUGUACCUGCCUCUUUGGUUACCUGCUCACCAGCCCAGAUGCCAUAGCCAGCCCUUUAAACCCAUGCCUAGACAUAGAUGAGUGUGCUAACACCCCUGGUCUAUGUGGUCUCCACUCUGUGUGUACCAAUGCACCAGGGACCUUCCACUGUUCCUGCGUGGAAGGAUACUUCUCCUCCACUGGAGUACUGUGGGAAACUGACGUCACUGUGUGUGAAAGUGUUGAUGAUGUUCUAGCCGCCAUAGUUCCCCCAGAGGGCCAGUCUAAGGAGAUGUACUUCCUCAACCAGAUGAACCAACAGCUGAUGGAGAACCCUGACAUAGUCCUACCAGAGGGGAAGGUGUCAGGAGUGGGAACCAUCUCAGCGCAGCAGGCCAGUACAGGCCAGGGGUGGAGUGGGGCUGGAAAGGAUGGCGGGGAGUCUGGCAGUGUGGUCCUGAAGAUCUCAGUGCUCCUGGUGAAUGCCUUAGUGGACCCUUCUCAGGGCCGGGUCAACAAAACCAUACACACACCUGAGCUGGACAUUAGUCUGCAGGUAAUGGAGGCCAACAGUACAGACACCUCUUCCCUCUCAGCCAGGGGAAACACCAUGGACAUCAACCUAAAUGCUCUGGCCAGAAACAAUAAUGGUACAGCAUCAGCAGUAUUCCUGACAGUCAGUGGGAUGGAGAGCCUUCUGGGUGCUAGCUUCUUGCAGACAGAAAACCACACAGAGAUGUUGUCUGAUGUCAUCACCGCCACACUGCCCAAGAUCAACCACACCCAGCUCUCUGAACCUGUCAACUUCACCAUGAGCCACAAGAGGAGGUUGGCUGAGCCUGGCCUGAUGACCUGUGUGUACUGGGAGGACAGAGGAAUGGAAUAUGAGAAUGGAACCAAGGGGAGGCAUUGGUCAGUGAACGGCUGUUGGGUUGUGUUCUCUGAUGAGAACUACACAGUGUGUAGCUGCUCUCACCUCUCCACCUUUGCCCUCAUCAUGCAGACAGGGGAGACUGUGUCGGAGGACAAUCCCUUCCUAGAGUGGGUGAACAGAAUGUGUGUGAUCGUGGGCCUGGUCUUCUUUGCUCUGGCCAUCCUCACCUUCCUGCUGUGUAGCUGGAACCCUAAGAUCAACAACACAGCCCGCCUCCACCUCUGCCUCUGCCUCUUCCUGUCCCAUCUGCUGCUGCUAUUGGAUUACACCUACCUCACUCACAAGCUGGUGUGCUCCGUCAUGGCAGGUCUCCUCCACUUCCUGGUAGUGGCCAGUUUCCUGUGGAUGCUGCUGGAGGCGCUCCAGCUCUACCUGCUGGUCCAGAGACUCUCUAGGAUCCAGGUCAUCCAGAGGGAAGGCCUCCAGAAGAAAUACCUCUUCCUGAUUGGCUAUGGCAUCCCCCUGGUGAUCGUGGGUGUGUCUGCAGCUGUGAAACGUGACGGCUAUGGGGGAUCUAAAGUAUGCUGGCUGAAGCCAGAACAAUACUUUACCUGGGCUGUGUUAGGGCCAGUGUGUACUGUCCUAGCACUGAACUGGAUAUUGUUCUGCGUUACAAUCUGGAGUUUGAGACCUACCUUGGCUAACAUGAAGAGUGAUGUCUCACAGUCCAAAGACACCAGACUGAUCAUCUUUAAGAUCCUGGCACAGUUUGUGAUCCUGGGUUGUACCUGGGUGCUGGGCUUGUUCCAGUCCACCAUGGUCUUCAAGUACCUCUUCAUCGUGCUCAACUCCCAGCAGGGCACCUUCCUCUACAUCGUUCACUGUCUCUUCAACAAGGAGGUACGUGAUGAGUACAGGAAGUGGCUGGGCUGUUCUUCCAGCUCCUCUACUCCAAACUCUAUGUUGGCUACCCUCACCCACUGGAACCAAGCAGGCCAGGGGGGUCAUAAACUGGCCCUUCACACCUAG